GCUCCAGGCGGCCCGGGAGCCCGGCCCCGCCAUGGCCGCGGAGUCGGUGAAGGUGGUGGUGCGCUGCCGCCCCAUGAACCAGCGGGAGCGGGACCUGAACUGCCGGGCCGUGGUGACGGUGGAGUCGGCGCGCGGCCAGUGCUUCAUCCAGAACCCCAGCGCCACCGACGAGCCCCCCAAGCAGUUCACCUUCGACGGCGCCUUCUUCAUGGACCACUUCACCGAGCAGAUCUACAACGAGAUCGCCUACCCGCUGGUGGAGGGUGUCACGGAGGGCUACAACGGCACCAUCUUUGCCUACGGCCAGACGGGCAGCGGCAAGUCGUUCACCAUGCAGGGCCUGCCCAACCCGCCCACCCAGAGGGGCAUCAUCCCCAGGGCCUUCGAGCACGUGUUUGAGAGUGUGCAGUGUGCGGAGAACACCAAGUUCCUGGUCCGGGCCUCCUACCUGGAGAUCUACAACGAAGAUGUCCGUGACCUCCUGGGGGCUGACACCAAGCAGAAGCUGGAGCUGAAGGAGCACCCGGAGAAGGGCGUGUACGUGAGGGGGCUGUCCAUGCACACGGUGCACAGCGUGGCCCAGUGCGAGCGCAUCAUGGAGCGGGGCUGGAAGAACCGCUCGGUCGGCUACACCCUGAUGAACAAGGACUCCUCGCGCUCCCACUCCAUCUUCACCAUCAGCAUCGAGAUCUACGCCGUGGACGAGCGGGGCAAGGACCACCUGCGGGCAGGCAAGCUGAACCUGGUGGACCUGGCGGGCAGCGAGCGGCAGUCCAAGACGGGGGCCACCGGGGAGCGGCUCAAGGAGGCCACCAAGAUCAACCUGUCACUGUCAGCGCUGGGCAACGUCAUCUCGGCCCUGGUGGACGGGCGCUGCAAGCACAUCCCCUACCGCGACUCGAAGCUGACGCGGCUGCUGCAGGACUCGCUGGGCGGCAACACCAAGACGCUGAUGGUGGCCUGCCUGUCGCCCGCCGACAACAACUACGACGAGACCCUCAGCACGCUGCGCUACGCCAACCGCGCCAAGAACAUCAAGAACAAGCCGCACAUCAACGAGGACCCCAAGGACGCCCUGCUGCGCGAGUACCAGGAGGAGAUCAAGAGGCUCAAGGCCAUCCUGGCCCAGCAGAUGGGCCCCGGCAACCUGUCAGCCCUGCUGGCCAAUCAGGCGCCCCCAAACCCUGUCCAGACCGAGGAGAAUCCAUUGUCCCCGCCAGUGGUCCAGCCUGACACGGAGGCUGAGAAGCAGCUGAUCCGGGAGGAGUACGAGGAGCGCCUAGCCCGGCUGCAGGCCGACUACAAGGUGGAGCAGGAGUCCAGGGCGCGGCUGGAGGAGGACAUCACUGCCAUGCGCAACUCGUACGACGUGAAGCUGUCCACACUGGAGGAGAGCCUGCGCAAGGAGACAGAGGCCGUCCUGAAGGCCGAGGUCCUCUUCAACGCCGAAGUCACAUCCAAGGCCGAGUUCGCCCGCGUGUCCGAGUACACACCCGCCUUCCAGUACGAGGCGCCGGUGAAGCCCGGGGCGCACUCCGUAAGCGCCGCUCCGCCCAGCGAGGGGGUCCCCUGGGCCGGGCUUCCUGCCCAGCGCGAGGACCCGCCCCGGGCCGAGACCGCCCAGUCAGAGAGCUCCCUGGGGUCCGAUGAGGGGUCCGCCCUGGAAGAGCCCCCCGCGCCCGAGGCCCUCCCUGGGCUCCAGCAGCCCGCCAGCCUGGAGCUGCCCGCGGUGCCCGCGGUGCCCAUGGCGGGGGCCAAGGGCAAGGGCUUCCAGGAUGAGCUCAGCCAGGAGGCCCUGCUGGCCGGGGAGCCCUUCCUGCAGGAGGAGGAGCCCCCGCUGAUGCCCCUGGAGCUGUUCCCGGGCCUGCAUGACCCGCCCGCCGAGGUGGAGGCCAAGCUGGCCAGGCUCUCGUCCACAGUGGCCCUGGCCGACGCGCCCCUGGAGGAGGCACCCGAGGUCCCCGUGCAGGUAGCCGAUGCCGUGCAGGACGCAGGGCGGGGAUUCGGCACGCAGAGCCCGGCUGGGAGGCGGGGUCCCUGGGCGCACAGGAUGGACGGCUCCAGCUGCGGCUCCAGCUCCGACCCCCCUCUCAGAGGGGGCUCCGGCCUGUGGCGGCUCAGGGCACUCCCGUCCAGGGGUCUGGGAGAGAUGGGCUCUGUGUCCUGCUCUGUAAAUGGGCAGGGAAGUUGGGAUCAAGAUGAAGGCUGUGCCCGGUGGGCACCUGCUGUGCUGAUGAAGGGCCACCUGCACGGGAGUUGGCUGGGUUGCCAUGGUUACACUGAGCUUCCAGGCCUGAGGGAGCUGGAGGCGGCCGUGGUCCACUCUUGGUCCACCCUCGUGCUCUCUCGGGUUCAGAGAGCAGGCUGGGCUGGGUCUGCGGGGCCCCAGCUACCACUUGGGGAGCAUGCAGGGAUCCGGCCACUCUGCUCCUUUUCCAUCCUGCCGCUGUGGGAGGCCGGGGCGGGGCAGCAGAGGCUGACUGUGGCCCCACUGUCCCUCCUUCUCUCCCACCUGCCCCCCUGCAAGCACCCCUCCCUGACAGAUGUCCCUGAGCCCGGUGACUUGGGGGCUGAAGCUGAGGUGGAGGGCGGCCUCCUGCCCGAGACAAAAGCACAGCCGGCCGCAGGGAGCGAGAGGAAGGCUUUAAACCUACUUACGUUUUUGGAGAGAGCAAGCUACCCGCCGCCCUCCGGACCUGCACAGCGGGAGGCUGACCCGGGCCUGGAAGGGGACAAAGACAAGGCGUGGGCAGCGGAGCCCGGCGGGGGGCCCGAGGCCGAGGCGCUGCCCCUGCUGCCCACGGCAGGUCCGAGGAGGGACAGUGUGGGCGUGGAGGUGGCCGUGCUGACCAACGACCUGAUGCCCGUGGUGGACCAGCAGCAGGUGAUCGCCCGGCUGCAGCUGCUGGAGCAGCAGGUGGUUGGCGGGGAGCAGGCCAAGAACAAGGACCUGAAGGAGAAGCACAAGCGGCGGAAGCGCUACGCGGACGAGCGCCGGAAGCAGCUGGUGGCUGCACUGCAGAAAUCGGACGAGGACAGCGGGGAGUGGGUGCUGCUCAACGUGUACGACUCCAUCCAGGAGGAGGUGCGGGCCAAGAGCAAGCUGCUGGAGAAGAUGCAGAGGAAGCUUCGGGCGGCAGAGGUGGAGAUCAAGGACCUGCAGUCGGAGUUCGAGCUCGAGAAGAUCGACUACUUGGCCACCAUCCGCCGGCAGGAGCGGGACUUCCUGUUCUUCCAGCAGCUGCUGGAGCUGGUGCAGCCGCUCAUCCGCAGGGACUGCAACUACAGCAACCUGGAGCGGGUCAGGCGCGAGUCCUGCUGGGACGAGGACAGCGGCCUCUGGAAGAUCCCGGAGCCCGCGGUCAUAAAAACCAGCCUCCCAGUAGCAGUUUCAACAGGGCUGCAGAGCAAACCGGCCCGCAAAACCUCCGCAGCGGACAGUGGCGAGCUAGGCCUGGAAGAAGACCGCUACAAGCUGAUGCUCAGUCGGAGCGACAGUGAAAAUAUCGCCAGUAACUACUUCCGGCCAAAGCGGGCCAGCCAGAUCCUCAGCACAGACCCCAUGAAGAGGCUCACACAUCACAGCUCGCCGCCCGGCCUCAUCUCCCCCCUCGGCAACAACUCUGCCAUCCCGCCCGCCCAGGCCCCCGAGAUGCCGCAGCCCCGGCCCUUCCGCCUCGAGUCCCUGGACAUCCCCUUCGCCAAGGCCAGGCGCAGGAAGAGCAGAAGCAGCUUCGGCGGCGAGCCUCUGUGAACACGCUGCCUGCUGGGGGCUGUGACUGCCAGGCCCCCCGGGCAGCCCCAGCCGGGCCUCCUCCCUCCCGCCCCCACCGUGAUGGGGCGCUUGAGGGGGCCUCGCCCUGGAGGGCGAAUUCCCUUCCCUGUUCCCCAGAAAGCCCAUGUGUGCCCGGCGGGAGUCCUCAGAGCUGGACCCUCCUGGGGAAGGCCCCUCCAGCUCCCAGUGCCACGUCAGUAUUGCCAGCUACUAGCCUGCCACGGAGCCGCCGCCUGUGCCCCCCGCCUGUGCCCGCCGCUGUUCGGAGUCUCCACGGGCUCUGCCUCCAGGCCUCCACCAGCAGCCCGGGCCUUGUGGUCAGCCACCUCCCCGGACCGAGCUCAGCACGUUGGUGCUGGAAAACUGUGUCUCUGUCCAGCUGGCCCAGUUCCUGGGGAAGCCCCGCAGGACGGCUGCGGGAGGCCUGAGCACCUGCCCCCGAUGCCCGCUGCUGCCCACUGCUGCCCGCUGCUGCCCGCUGCUCUGUGGCCCCAGGAGAGCGCUCCACACGAAGCUGCCCCAAUAAACUGUCUUUCGCCCACAAGCCCCUUCCCUGGUUCUCUGGCAGUGGCACUGGGCCCCGCCCUCCUGGCAGCUCUUCCUGGGCAAAGGGUCUUCAGUAGCUGCAGCCGUGAGGACAAACAGGCCC